CAGGUUUAAAAAAAAAAAAAUCAACCUUCGUUCGCUUUCAUAUCUGCCUUAUCUCUCUCAUUCCUAUAUCACACCUAGAGCAUGGAGCCGAACGAUCCAAACAACAAUGAAAAGGCGCACGUCGCUGAUCAACCCGUUGGCCCCAAUACUCCCGUCGCUCCCAACGCAGCAGCUCCAGACGCCGCUACAAAGGAAUCUGUGCCCGCACAGGCUACCGAUGAAAGUAAUACCAAGCCUGCGAACAACGAUGUGCCCAACGGCAUGUCUUUGACAGUGGAAGAACUGUAUGACAAGGACAAGCAUGAUCUUUCUACUAUGGAGCCUGGCGAUGUUUUUCAACUGUUGCAAACGUCCACAGAUGGUUUGACUUCUGAAGAAGCCGCUAGAAGAAUUGAAAAGUUCGGUCAUAACAGACUUGAACACAAGGAAGUGAACCCCAUCCUUCAGUUCUUGGGAUUCAUGUGGAAUCCUCUUUCUUGGGUCAUGGAAGCUGCUGCUAUUGUCGCUAUCGCUGUUUCCAACGGUGGCGGUCGACCACCGGAUUGGGAAGAUUUCGUUGGUAUCGUGCUUCUCUUGUUGGCUAACUCCGUCAUUGGUUUUAUGGAAGAACGCCAAGCUGGUAAUGCCGUCAAGGCACUUAUGGCCUCCCUCGCUCCCGAAGCCAAGGUGAAGCGUGAUGGAGCAUGGAAGACGGUCGAAGCUGCUGAAUUGGUUCCCGGAGACGUUAUCUCGGUCAAGCUUGGUGAUGUCAUUCCUGCAGAUGGUCGUCUGGUUGCUGCGCAUGGUGAAGUGUCUAUUGAUCAAGCCGCCCUUACCGGUGAAUCAUUGCCAGUCACCAAGGAGGCUGGAGACGAAAUUUUCUCCGGUUCUACCUGUAAACAGGGUGAAGCUGAAGCUAUUGUUAUUGGUACUGGUCUGAAUACUUUCUUCGGUCGUGCCGCCAAACUUGUUGGCGAUGCUGGCGAUGAAAUGGGUCACUUGCAAACCAUUUUGGCCAAGAUUGGUAAUUUCUGUAUCUGCACCAUCGGUAUUUUCCUCAUCGUCGUGGUCAUUGUUCAAUAUGCUGCUUUCCGUUAUCCCUACCGAACUGGUAUUGACAAUGUGCUUGUCUUGCUCAUUGGUGGUAUCCCCAUUGCUAUGCCUACUGUCUUGUCCGUUACCCUUGCUAUUGGUGCCAAACAACUUGCUGAACACAAGGCCAUCGUGACCCGUAUCACUGCUAUUGAAGAAAUGGCUGCCGUCACUAUCCUUUGCUCUGACAAGACCGGUACUUUGACUCUUAACAAGUUGAUUGUCGACAAGCCUACCAUCAAGACCUACUCUGACUACACUGGCGAGGACGUCAUUCUCCUGUCUGCCUAUGCUAGUCGUACUGAAAAUCAAGAUGCCAUUGAUUUCUGUAUCGUAAACUCUCUUCCUAACCCUCAACUGGCUCGUGAAGGCAUCGAGGAAUUGGAAUUCAAGCCUUUCAACCCUGUCAUCAAGCGUACACAAAUCACCUACAAGGACAAGGAUGGCGUCGUUCGCCGUGUCACCAAGGGAAUGUCCCAUACCAUUUUGGACCUUUGCUCUCGUGAUAAGACCGAAGAACAAAUUAAGGCCCUUAAUGAUGACGUCGAUGAAUAUGCUCGCCGUGGUCUUCGUGCCCUUGCUGUUGCCGUUGAUGAAAUUCCCUCUGGCAAUAUUGAAGAUGAAGGCAAAGGAUUCAAGUCCUUACUGAACCCGGUCUUUCUGUCAUUAUUGAAGCUAUUAUUGGAUCUCGUCAAAUUUUCCAACGUAUGAGAAACUACUCUAUCUACACCUGCUCUGUCACCAUUCGUGUCGUGGUUGGCUUCUCCAUCUUGAUCUUCGCUUUCCAAUUUAACUUCCCUCCCUUCAUGGUCCUAAUUCUUGCUAUUCUUAACGACGGUACCAUCAUGACUAUAUCUACGGAUCGUGUCAGACCAUCGCCUUAUCCGGAUCAAUGGAAUUUGCGGGAAAUUUUCUUGAGCGCUAUCGUUUACGGAUUGUAUUUGACUGCUUCC